AUGCCCCUAUUAUUUUUCAUCCUUUUAAUCAUUUACUUUCAUUUGAUUGUAUGUAUAAAAGUAGAUAUCGAGAGAAAACACAAGUUCUUGUUUUUAAAUACCAAGUUAUUAAAAAAGGAUAAUAUAAAAAGGUGCUGUCGUAAAAUUAAUAAAAAAAGAAUUUUUACUGUUCAAUAUGUCAAAGGUAUCCGAAAUUUUAUUAACCCAACCAAUUAUGAAAAAAGAGAAUAUCUAUUUAAUAUAUGGAAAAAAAUAGCAGAAAAUUUUUCUUUCAGUUUUUAUGAUCUGCCCAUUUUAGAAAGUUAUGACUUGUUCAGAAAAAGCCCAAUAAAUGAAUCGUACGAUUUUAUAAAAAACAACAAGCAUUUGAUAUUGCGACCUGAAAUUACACCUCAAUUGAUUCGUUAUUUAUAUAUAAACGAUAAUUUGUUACAAGAUUAUAGAGAACAAGAAAAAAAAAUAAAAACAAAACAAAAAAAUAAUAAUAAUAAUGAUGGUUAUGGUGAUUAUCAUCAUUAUCAUGGUGGCGAUUAUGAUGAUUAUGAUGAUUGUUCCAUUAAACAGUGGGAUAGUAUUAAUAAGGUGAAGACAAAAUAUACACAUAUAUAUCAUACGAAUAAAUAUAAUGAAAAUUUUUCGGUUCAUCAUAAACAAAAUAAAAGUGAUAUGUACAGUUUCAAUUUUAAGAAUUCAUUUCAUAAUAAUUAUGAACAUACUAGCGAUUUUAUUAAUAAUAUGUAUAAAAAAAAAAAAAAAAAAAUUUUUAAAUACGAAAAUUUCAAUAAAAUAUUUAAAAUGUGUACAAUAGGUCAAUGUUUUAGAUAUGAACAAACAUCAAGAUUAAGAAAAAGAGAACACUAUCAAUGGAAUUUAGAUAUUUUAGGUAUUGAAAAUAUAUAUGCAGAAGUUGAACUAUUAUCUAUGUUAAUAACAUUUUUUAAUAAAGUUCAUAUGGAUGAAAAACAUAUUGUAAUUAAAUUAAAUCAUAAAUAUAUUAUUGAAUAUAUUUUAUAUUCAAUAUUUCAAAAAGAUAUGGAUAAUUUAUUUUCAUAUAAUAAAAUGAAACAAGAAAUACAAAAUAUAUUACAUAUAUUAGACAAAUUUUAUAAAGUUAAUAAUAGUUCAUUUAAAUUAUUAUUAUAUAAAAAAUUCCAAUAUUUACAAAAAGAAAACAUACGCUAUUUAUAUAAUAUUUUACAAAAUAUAAAACAUAUUAAUCAUUUAGAAAAAUUUGUCAAAUGUCAUAAUACAAACAUAUAUUAUAAAAAUAUAGAUACAUCAACACAUUUUAACAAUUUUAAAAAUGUAUUUACCUAUUUCCAACAAGCUAAUUUAAAUAAUUUCUUUAAAUUAGAUCUAACCAUAGUUAGAGGUAUGGAUUAUUAUAAUAAUAUGGUUUUUGAAAUAUAUUAUAAAAAAGACAAAUCACACCGUGCAAUUUGUGGAGGAGGACGUUAUAAUUUCUUUCUAAAUAAUAAUAAAAUAUAUGCAGUUGGUUGUGCUAUGGGCGAUGUUGUUAUUACAGAUCUACUUUUUAAUAAUAAUAAAAAAAAUAAUUCAUUUUUAUCCAUAUCGGAACAAAACAAAACAAAUAAUUAUAUUCAUGUGUUAUCUUACUUUCCAUAUUUUCAUAAUAUAACACAAAAUUUUAAUCAACAAAUAAAUUCAAAUACAACUAAUGUAUAUAAAGAAUAUUAUUCUAUUCUAAAUAAACUUAGAAAUAAUAAUAUUAUUGUACAUUCCUUGUUAAAAAAUUAUACAAACUUAUCAAAGGUAAUAAAAAAAGCCAUACAUAUGAAUGCAAACCAUAUCCUAUUUUUUAGUAAAGACCACAAUUCAUUUUUAUUAAAAAACUUAAAAACGAAAGAGCAACAAUUUGUUACAUCUAACAAUGUACUAGAUGUAUAUAACAAUUAUAUGAACAUAUAA